AUGCAUUGUAAUGGCAUCAUAAAGAAAUGGCAUCAAAGUUAUCAUUCUGGCAUCUUACUAGAGAUCCUAUCCUCAUUUGUCUCUUCCUCCACCCCUUAAAUCUCUUCUCUCCACUGCCUCUUCCAUAAUCAAAUUCAUCUCAUAGAGAGAUAGAAAGAAAGAAAGAAAAAAUGAACGUGUUGGAUUCUAAUGUGGAGGCUCUGGCCUUCAACUACUUGAGCUUCGGUUUGCUCACAGCCCUCAACAAUUUAUGGACCUGGGUAGCUCUCCUCACCGCAGCACUCAGUUUCUGGAAGAUUCGAUCCGCAGGUUGCCCCAAACCCGAUGAACCAAUCUCUAUAGGACUCGACCCGGUUGUUGAGACGUUAACGCCCCAUGAGGCAACGGAAGCAAAACACGAGGCAACGCCGCAAAUGGCGGUUGGCCACGGUGUCCCAGAGGAUGUUGACGGCGUGAGGAAGGGGAAGUUUACAGUGUAUUACGAAGAGGAGGAGAUGCAAUGCGGGUGCGGGGAGAGUGAGGGGUUCUUGACGGCGUUAGGAGAGUGGGAGGAGAGAGAGGGGUCGGAAUCAGAGUGGUGGAAGAGGUGGGAGAGGUUGUUGCGGUUGAGAAACGGGGAGAACGAUAACGGAUGGUACAUGUGGCAGGACGUGACGGAGCUUAACGGCAACGUUGUAAGAUUAUGGGAUAGUGAGUUGAGGUUUGGGGGUCUCUCUUUAGAAAGGGAAUCAUGGUACAACAACUCCAGCUGUAUUCGUGUCUGGUAAUAGGAAAAUAAA